AUGUCGGUUAUCCUUUGCACAGCUGGUUACGACCACACCAUCAGGUUCUGGGAGGCGCUCUCAGGAAUCUGUUCGCGCACCAUCCAACACCCCGAGUCUCAAGUGAACCGUCUUUGUAUAUCCCCUGACAAGCGAUACCUCGCCGCCGCCGGCCACCGCGAUGUCAAACUAUUCGAUAUUCGUUCCACAAACCCCCAGGCCCUCAUGACCUUCCAGGGCCACACCGGCAAUGUGACCGGUGUGGCCUUCCAUUGCGAGGGCAAGUGGAUGGUUACAAGCUCGGAGGACGGCACAGUCAAGAUCUGGGAAACCCGCACCGGAACUAUCCAGCGCAGCUACAACCACGGCUCCCCGGCGAACGACGUUGUCAUCCACCCUAAUCAGGGAGAGAUCAUUAGCUGCGACCGCGCCGGAAGCAUCAGACUGUGGGAUCUGGCCGAGAACACUUGCUCGCACCAGCUAAUCCCCGAGGAGGAUGUUUCAGUGACAAGUGUCACUGUUGCCAGUGACGGUACACUCCUUUGUGCGGCCAACACUGCUGGCAACGUAUUUGUCUGGCAACUCAUCCAGGCGUAUGACCGCACCCAGCUGAUCCCCCUCACCCACUUUUCCGCACACAAGGAAAGCAUCACACGCAUCCUACUAUCGCCCGAUGUCAAGAAGCUCGCAACAUGCAGCGCCGACCAUACGGCCAGGAUAUGGGAAGUCAAGGAGAUGGAACCUGCCACGGCCGAUUCGGAACCGCAGCCGUUCCCCCUCGAGGCCACUCUUAAAGAGCAUCAGCGUUGGGUAUGGGAUUGUGCCUUCAGCGCCGAUAGUGCCUACCUGGUAACUGCCUGCAGCGAUCAUUACGCGCGGCUGUGGGAGUUACACACGCAGCUUGUCAUCAGGCAGUAUAACGGCCAUCAUCGUGGUAUCGUAUGCGUCGCUCUGAACGAUUACUCCGAAGCUCGCUAG